UUGAUUUAUUGCGAUUUCAUUCACUGAUUGAAAGUGUUGAUGGCUCUUCCAACUGAGGAUUACGAUUAUCUCCUAAAGGUUCUUUUGAUCGGCGAUAGUGGUGUUGGAAAGAGUUCCCUUCUUGUACGAUUCUCAGAAGGUUCUUUCAAUACUAGUUAUCUUCCAACUAUGGGCAUUGAUUAUAGGAACAAAAACAUAGAGAUGCAUGGAAAACGGAUCAAGCUCCAAAUUUGGGAUACUGCAGGUCAGGAGCGAUUCCGAACAAUUACAAGAGCUUAUUAUCGCGGUGCUAUGGGCAUAUUACUAGUCUAUGAUGUUACAAAUGAAUCUUCAUUUAACAAUAUUAGGAGUUGGAUGCUUAGCAUUGAGCAACAUGCUUCCGACAAUGUCAACAAAAUACUGGUUGGGAACAAAGCUGACAUGGAUAAUAGCAAAAGAGCCGUGCCUACUUCCAAGGGCCAAGCACUAGCCAACGAGUAUGGAAUCAAAUUCUUUGAAACAAGUGCAAAAACAAGUCGAAAUGUGGAAAAGGCUUUCUUUUCAAUUACAAGGGAUAUAAAACAAAGACUUGAUGACACUGGCUCUAUGAAAAUGCCGGCAAGAAUUAGUAUUAGUAUCAACGAACGUGCACAAAAGUCGACAUGCUGUAGUUGAGGAGGUAACAUUGGUGUUCAAGAUGAAGAAAGAAGGAGAAAAAUACAUGUAUGAUGAGAUUGAAGAUGUUUUUUAACCUUGUCAUUCUUUCAUAAUUUCUAAGUAGUUAGUUGAUCCGAAUGUAAAUGACAGUGUGAUUGUGUCAUUGCCCUUUUUCCUUGGGACAUAAUACACUAGUCAUUGAUUUUUGGGUUAAAUAAGUUUUUGGUCCCUAUAAAUAUUGCAGUUUUCAUUUUUAGUCCCUCCCUGCCUUUAGGCAACGGUUUUUACAAAAAAA